AUGCUUGUUCAGGAAUCGGACCUCUACCUGUACCAUUUGACGUUGAAGCGGCAAACCAACUAUGUUAACUCUUGCAUUGGACAUUUCAUCGACAGGGAGCAGGACAAUAAACGUUCAAAAGAUCUACAACUUUGUAUCGCCACUGAAACCCACAUAGAGCUAUACGAUGUUGCAAAUGGGACCUUAAGGAGGCUAAUCGAAAUACCGAUAUUUGCUACAUUAACUACAAUAGAAUCCUUUCGAAUCGAGAACUCGAGCGUGUCUCUGUUAGCGAUGACAUCUGAUUCAGGGAACCUCACAAUUGCUCAGUUCCAUAGGCCUUCUUUGAACAGGAUUGCCCUUAAAACUGUGCUCAAUCAACCGAUGACGAGGUCUCAGGUUCGAAGGGUGUCGCCGAUUUCUUACAUGACCGUUGAUCCGUACGGUAGAUGCCUUCUGCUUUCAGCAAUUGAGAAGAACAAGCUUUGCUUUGUCUUGAACACUAAUAAUGAUGGAUCUCUGGUGAUUCAGUCGCCCUUGGAAGCAAUAAGACCGGAUGUUAUAACUUUGGAUAUCACCUCAUGCGAUGUUCAGUACGAUAAUCCAUGUUUUGCGGCUUUGGAAAUUGAUGCAAACAAUUAUCACUUGGUAUUCUACAUCCUGGAUUUAAGUUUGAAUCACAUUGUGAAGAAGGCUGAGUACAAGGUAAAUUCCGAGGCCAACUUUAUCAUGGGUAUUCCUGCUCUAUCGAAGUACAAGAUUAAUUGUGUCUCCAACACAGAUGAAAUCAAUCCCUUUGUACUCGUUGGUUUCGAAAACUAUCUAAUGGUCAAGGAUAUGAAUGGAUUUUUCAGCCUGAAGGUCCCUCUACCGAACCGUAAUGGUCAGAAGGCAACAAUAAUUUCUGGGGCAUUGCAAACUUUGAAGAAAAGCUUCUUUAUACUUCUACAAUCAAAUUUUGGAGAUUUGUACAAGCUCACGAUCGAACCCGAUGGGAACGAUAGAGAUAAACCACUGGUUUCUAUCUCUUACUUUGAUACCAUUUUCCAAGCAGAAAAGUUACACAUUUUCAAAAACGGAUAUUUAUUUGCUAAUUCAGAACUGGGUGAUAGCUACUUGUUUCAAUUUGAUAGUUUGGGGGAUGAUAGCGAAAAGAUUACAUCUGCUGAUCCUGGCAAACAAUUGAGAUUUGAGCCCACCGAAACGUUGAAUAACCUGAGUAUCGUCUCGACUAAAAAAAAUCUCAAUCCUUUAUUAUCGACUCAGGUGACAAAUUCGAAUCCACUCACUAUAGCGGCAAACUCAACUAGGAUUUUGACUAAUGGUGUGAGAUUCGAAGAUGAUAUCUCCUCGCCAUUACCGCCAGGUGCUGAAAAUAUCUGGACUAUAAAAGUUCCUGGUGAGUCAAUUCAUAAGUUGUUGUUUUUAGGGUUCCCAAAAUCAACAAUGAUUCUUGAGAUCGAGAGUGGUACCCUUGAAGAGAUGAACAGUUUGAAAAAUCCAUUCAAAGUGAAAGGCGAUAAGUCGCUAUAUGUCGCGGCAAUGACAGACCAGUAUAUCAUACAAGUCUGCGAAAAUGAGCUGCGACAAGUCGUCUCAGACAAAGAUGGCUUCACUUGCAACUUAAAAUGGUUUCCGCCUGCAGGUAUUCGAAUAGUUUGUGCCACCAGCUCAGAAACCCAGCUUUCGAUCGGAUUAUCAAAUUGUGAAAUUGUAUACUUCGAAAUCACCUCUGGUUCAUUACAUGAGUCGCAAAAUAAAAUUGAACUAGAUGAACCCAUCACUAGUAUCUCGAUGGUCAGGUCAAAAAGAAGCGAUUACCUUGCUGUCGGUAGCAAUGAUUCUACUGUAAAGUUGAUCUCUUUGAAGAGGUCUGACAUGGAUGAGUUCAUGGAAAUCGUGUCAAUACAAACUGUAUUAGCACCUGUCACCGACCUGAAGCUCAUACAAGACAGUAAUUUGGAAUUACACAUUGGCCUGGAGAAUGGUGUUUACUGCAGAUCCAUGGUUAAUAACAACGAUGGACAGCUGUACGAUGUUAGAACGAAAUUUCUGGGACCUAGACCAGUGACUCUCUCAUGCCUUGGAUCAAUAUCAUUGGAACAAUCUUCUGAGGAUGAAGACAUUGAAGAAGACGAAGAGGAAAAGGAAGAAGGCAAACAGGCUUCUACCUCUCAAAACUUGAGGCCAGCUGUUCUACUUCACUGUACAAAAACAUGGAUUAGUUAUACCAAAACUCCAUUGCUCUACGUCCGACCAAUCUUGUCGGGGUCGAACAACUUGACAAAAGUUUGUGAAUUUAUCGCUGAUGAAUCAAGCCUUAACGGUUGCUGCGCAAUAAGCUCGUCAGGCUCCUUGAUGAUUGGUAAGCUUAAGGAUUUUUCGACCCAGGAGGAAUGGUUCCAAGUGGAAGAUGUCAGCGUUGAUGGGAGCAAGGCUGCGCAUCAUAUUGAUGGUGAGUCAGACGAAGAAGAGGAUCAAGAUGUAAGACUCGGAGUACACCCGUAUGAUAAGCCAAUACUACUCGCGUUUCAAGAAGAUAAAAGACUCCUUUUAAACAUCGAAUGUUCUAGGAGAGAGGGCAAGGGAUUUCGAGUCAGUAUUAGCAGAGGUGGAGAAAUUUAUACUCUUCCCCAAGGAGACGAAGUUUUUAAAGUCAUGGAAGGAAUAGAUGUUGUCACAGCAUCACUGGCGAAGUUUUCUGGUAGCACAGAUCAUCUUGUUUUGUCAACAAGAGACGGAUACCUCACAACCUUCGUAGUCUCUGUCGAUAAGAAAGGUAAAACGUUUGAUUUUAGGUUACUUCAUAAGACGUUGAUUGAAGAUCAAGUAACCUGUAUGAUUCCCUUCUCAGAUAAGUUGCUUGUGCCGAUUUUUGGGAGUUUGGUCCUGUUUGGUUUGGGGAAAAAGCAGCUACUGAAACAAUCUUUUUCAGAAACGACACCUUCCAUUACUAAGAUCACCGCCCUUGCUAAUUGGAAGAAUCAGCGAGUUGCUGUUGGGGACAUUCGCGAGUCAGUCACUCUUUUUCUGCUGGACAAGUCUAAAAAUGCAUUUUUACCCAUCGCUGACGACAUAGUCAAAAGACAUGUAACUACGUUAGCCUUUUUAGAUGUUUCAACCAUUUUGGGCGGCGACAAGUUUGGCAACAUAUGGACACUGAGAUUACAGAGUGAGAAUGAGAAAACAUUAUCCCAAUGCUUUCCACACGCAAUAGAAAGAUUACAACAGCUUCCUCCAAUGAAGAAAUAUGCUCCGAAUAUCAUGGAAUGCCCUUUCAAACUUACCUUGACGAACAUGUUCUACGUUAACGACAUUCCUAUGAAUAUUCAUAUAUUGGAGUCUUUGCAAAUGUCUGAUAGACCAGCCAUUAUGUAUUCUGGACUACAAGGAACGAUUGGCUGCUUAACCCCAUUAUUAUCUAGGGCAGAAAUCAGUAACUUCAAAACUAUUGAGAGUAUGAUGAGCGAGGCAGAUGAAAGGUUUUAUUUGAAAAGUGAGAGCGAAGUAGUUCAUGAUGAUUCGUUGAAGGAGGAUUCAGAGUUCGAACUAUCUAACAAAAGUCAAGGCGACGUUCCCGAGGGAUCCUAUUCCAUUGUUGACAGAGAUCAUCUAAGAUACAGAAGCUAUUAUGCGCCAGUACGCAACAUAGUUGAUGGUGACCUUUGUGAAAGAUUUAUCGACUUAUCAUAUACAGCGCAAAAGUUCCUUUGCGCAGAAUCCAAAACACUAAACCCUGAUACGAUAAUCAAGAUCAUAAAUGAUAUUAGGACUAAUUGCAUGUAA